AUGGAAGCAAAAAUGAUGCAACCUAUGACUGUAAUGGUAGGAUCCGUCAAUAAAUUUAAAGGCAUUUCACAAACCGAAGAUCGGCCUUUAAUGGUUAAUGCCUGGUCACAAACUACAAGCAACGAUUUUGCAUACUUAUAUCAAGUCGAAAAUGUGGAAAAACAAUCUCAAAGAGAAAAGCAACUAGAGGAGAAAAUCAAAGUACUGGAAGAAAAUCUCAAGGCCCAUAGCGAAUUGUUAUCACAAAUACAUGCCACCUCCGCUAGGACAUCAGCAUUAUUAUCCCAACAGCAGCAUACAUCAACUUCAGAAUCUAUCAGUAAUGACAGCUUCAACAGCAAUAUCAUAAAUGGGACAACACAAUCAACUCCAAAAAUUGUUAAUGCCAUCAACUCAACCUCCCAAGUAAAUUGUUCUCCUAGUGAAAGUGUGAAGUACACUAUUAUUGCAGAAGGUAUGGCAAAUCAUAGUGGUGAACCCAUUGAAAUCGAGCUGGCUGAAGAUGAUGGAGCAUUAAAUUUAAAUAGUUCAGCCGAUUCAGAGCGCUUGGAAAUUUGUCUGGAGCCCGAAGAAAAUAUAGAUGUAAAAACUGAAUACAGCAUUAAAAAUAAUCGAGUCAUUGAAACAUCAACGGAUACUACACCCAACGAGCAGUAUUUUAUAAAGAAGCGUAAGCUGACCUCAGAACAGCUAGAUGUUUCUUAUAAGCCUCCGGUACAAAAGCGUCUUUGUAAUGGAAAUAAUUUGCCCAGGGCCGGUAAAGUCCAAAUUAAAAACAUCCAAACCUUAACACCAGUGCAAAUCAACAAAAACUCUUUAGCCUCAGAAAAUAGUAAUUCACCAUCGUAUAAUAGUGAAGGUGGCGUUAAUAUUGACAAUGUCAUGGUAUCAAUAGGACCCAAUAAUACCCGCAUACCAGCCAAACUUUAUGAGAACAUGAAUUGGACUUCGGCCUCUAUAGCGACAAGAAAACUUCUUAUGGCCAUAUUCGAUCGGAAAGUCUUGGCUACACAUUCGAUGACCGGCAGACCUUCGCCAGCAUUUAAGGAUCAAGGUAAACCCCUUAAACAAAUGUUGGAUCCGUUAAUCAUAGCCGACAUUAUAUUUGCCGUUACACGCAAAUGUAAUGUUUCCGAUAAGGAAGUGCGCAAUGCCAUCACCACCAAAUGUGCCGACGAAAAUAAAAUGAUGAAAUUACAAAUUAACAAACGUACGGCGAUGAGAGGAUUAAAUAAAGAA